AUGGCUCGAUAUCGACGUUUUGACCGUAAUCUUCAUCUUCGUACACAAAAGCUUUUCACCGGCAAAUCGAAUCGUUUAUGUUUCGCGUGGGCUAAACUCGCUCUGUCUGCUUCUGUGCCUCUCAUGAUUGGCAUUUUCACCAUUGUUUCAUACGUUCAACAGAUAAAAAUCAGUGAGAAUAAUCGUGAAAAGGAAGAAGGUUUGGCGAAUGCUACCCGUGAGAAAGAUUUAUCUAUUGCUACUUUAAAUCGUCUACAAGACCAAAUGAUUGCGAAUAUCACUCGCUACCAUGAUUUAGAAAUCGCGAAUUUAACCCAAAUCAAAGAUUGGGAAAUUGCCAUGGCUAAUCUCAACAUCGCUAAUGAAACGAAGAUUCAAGAUCGUCAAAUCGCCGAAGAUAAUCGACAGGAGGAUCGUGCACAACAACAAGAUCUUCAUUAUGAAAGCUUGUAUUCAAAAUAUAUCGAUGAUAUUUCGGCAAUUCUUUACAAACAACAGUACAAUCAAAGUCUUUUUACAAGUGAAGAGACAAAGAUGCUUUACAUUCGUCGAAAGACUUUAAUUACUUUACGAUCGAUCGACAGUGAACGGCGAAGUUUUCUAUUUAUUUUUCUUUAUGAAAAUAAUCUACUACCCGAUCGAUUCUCUUCGAACAGCACGAUUUCACUAAUCGGUGCUGAUCUCCGAAAUAUAAACAUUAGCAGUCCGUUGACCGGCUCGUAUGAAUUCAAUUUUUUAUCGUUACAAUCUUUGAAUAUGAUCAAUGCAGUGUUUGUUGACUGUCAGUUUCAUGGAGAGACAAAUGUCAGUGGUUCGAUUAUGAAUAACGUCAGAUUUAUUCGUGCAGUGUUCGAAGAUAGUUUAACAUUUUAUAAAGUGAAAUUGAUCAACGCAUCUUUUAUCGAUUGUGUUUUUAAAAAUAAAGUCAACUUUGACGAUUCCGAAAUGAGCUCGACACAAUUUCUUCGAUCCAAAUUCGAUCGACUAUCGGCUAUGUUGAUUAAUUUUACCAAUGGAUCAUUUCAUUCUUGUCAAUUCGCUGACAAAACAGACUUUACUCGUUCAGUCAUGAAUGGAAUUACUUUCACUUAUUCAGAAUUCUCGACGAAUGUCGAACAUAAAUUCAUUCAAGUUUCCUUGAACUAUGCGGAUUUUCAUAACAUGUCAUUAUCGCAUUUUAUAUUUCAAAAUUCGAAUUUAUCUUACGCAGAUUUUCGCGAUACAUAUUUGUAUGACGUUCAGUUUACAUCAAAAACGUUAUUGAAGAAGUCCAAUUUCCAGCAGGCGAACUUCAAUCAAGUAAAAUUUGCCCAUGUGAAUCUCGUCGGUUCGACGAUCGAUUCGAAACAAUUAGAAAAGUCGGAAUUGACUAAUAUUAUCCUUCCAGAUGGAAACUGGACAAUCAAUCGUGAGAGUACUCGAGUGUUGUAG